AUGGGUCUCGAGCGCGGUGCUCUCUGGGUCGCUACGACGGCUUCGGCUUUUGCGCUAAUUGGAUGCCUGGCUUUUGCCGGCUACAUGUUCAACGACAUCAACGAAUGGCGCACAACCAGCCAGCAUGACCUUAGAGAGUUCCGUCUCGCCGCCAAUGAGGCUUGGACGGAAAUGCACGGCGGACGCGCCGGACACUCCGCUCACCGCAAGGCACCCAUUCACGGACUAUUCCGCAGGGAGAAGCGUCAGGCUCAAUGCAACUGCGGCGCCCAGCCCAACAACUGCCCUCGUGGACCACCCGGACCCCCCGGACAGGCUGGACAUCCCGGUGAGGAUGGACACCCUGGAGAGCACGGACAGGACGGACAGCAAGGCAUUUCUCAGCUGUCCUCGAUGACUUCUGCCACCCCAAUGACAUCAUCAGAUAUUGCCUAUUCGCAAUUUCAUCUUCGCCAAUGUGUCAGCCAACUUCUUCGAUCGAGCCGUCGAUAUCCCGAUCAAUAUGACCUCUACUGUGAAUUGAACGAACAGUACAAUGAGAUACUCUUUGCAGCUGAUACUCUCGUCAAAUAUAUCUUGCAACUGAACGAAUGGAUUAUCGUCUCGAAUGAAGACGACGAAAUUGCUGAAGGCCAAGCAGUUGAUGCACAAAUUGGCGCGAUCGUGUAUCUAUCCCGAUAUGCAUGCCAACCUAUGGGCCAAACUCGGAAUCUGACCAUCAAUGCUUGCAGUCGAUUGAUCGCCCGGGUUCAGCAGGAUAUCGACAAUAUCAAGAGCCAUCCAAUGCUAAUGAUGAGCUACAUCUACACAAAGAUCGAAAAAGACAUUGACGACAUUCUGCAGCAGACCAAGUAUUUUAUGGACACCAUCGACACCUACUACUAUAUUGAA